CUAGGCUGGAUAUUCAUGUCAAGUCGUGUCAAUGCAAUCCUACAGAAAUGUCAUAUGUUUUCUUCAACUACCGUAGUUCUUGCAGCUUCAAGUUCAACCCAGAGUGUAAGGCAGUGUGUGGCUGAUGAGUCUCUCUGAGGUGAAAGAGACUGACGAGGCUUCACCUACACCAGGUAAAACAGCGGAACAUGACGUGGAUAUGGACAAUAGGAUGAGUCUCACUAAAGAAAGAUCACAGGGAGAUACUGAUCCCAGCACAGCAACGACGCCAUCAUAUGCCCAGCCGAGUCCUCUGACUAUGGAGAUCAAUGAGGCUAAAGCACAACUGUCUGAACUGACGCAUACUUCAUGCUUUGGUCAGAGAAAUAGAUCAGUUUCCCCUGUGCUAAGUCUUAUAUCAAUGAAGAGCAGUGACUCCAUGAUGCAGCCUAUCAAUAUCGAUGGAGGGACUGGCCAUUCUGAUCACAGUAGAUCAGUCUCCCCAGUGCCAAGUGUUUUAUCAAUGAAGAGCAGUGACUCCAUGAUGCAGCCUAUCAAUAUCGAUGGAGGGACCGGCCAUUCUGAUCACAGAUCAGUCUCCCCAGUGCCAAGUGUUUUAUCAAUGAAGAGCAGUGACUCCAUGAUGCAGCCUAUCAAUAUUGAUGGAGGGACUGGCCAUUCUGAUCACAGUAGAUCAGUCUCUCCAGUGCCAAGUGUUUUAUCAAUGAAGAGCAGUGACUCCAUGAUGCAGCCUAUCAAUAUUGAUGGAGGGACCGGCCAUUCUGAUCACAGAUCAGUCUCCCCAUUGCCAAGUCUAUUAUCAAUGAAGAGCAGUGACUCCAUGAUGCAGCCUAUCAAUAUUGAUGGAGGGACUGGCCAUUCUGAUCACAGAUCAGUCUCCAGAGUGCCAAGUGUUUUAUCAAUGAAGAGCAGUGACUCCAUGAUGCAGCCAAUCAAUAUCGAUGGAGGGACCGGCCAUUUUGAUCACAGGGAUUGUGUAAGCGCCGAUGGAGAUGUCAUUGAAGCAUCAGAGAGCACCUGUGCUCUGUGUUCCAACAGUUCCAGAUCACCUUCACCCUCACACACGGUUCAGCCAGACAACAACUCGUAUUCUGGUUCCAUCAAACCAGAGGACAAUAUCCUGGAAACAGUGAAGAUGAACCAUAAAGCCGCGAUGAAAAAGAGGUUUGAGCAUGUAUGUGAGGGAAAUAUUAAACCAGGAAACAAAACUCCUUUAAACAGGAUAUUUACACCCCUCUAUAUCACUGAGGGGUGGACUGAAAGUCUGAAAGCCCAUGAAGCUCGACAAAUUGAAACAUCAAGAAGACAGACACAAGAUAGCAUAAUCAACUGCAAUGAUAUCUUUAAAACAUUGCUGGAAGAGAAAGUGUGUAUCAGAGCAGUGCUAACCAAAGGGGUUGCUGGCAUUGGAAAAACAGUGUCUGUUCAGAAAUUCAUCCUUGAUUGGGCAGAGGACAAGGCAAAUUGUGAUAUAGAUUUCAUAUUUGUGCUCCCUUUCCGAGAAAUGAACCUAAUCACAAAUGAACAGUACUGUUUUCACCAACUUCUGGUUGAUUUCCAUCCUGCCUUGAAACGGCUAACAGAUAACAAGAUGUAUGCGGAGUGCAAUCUGGUUGUCAUAUUUGAUGGGCUGGAUGAAAGCAGAAUAACACUGAACUUUACCAGUGAUCAAGCCCUGAAACUCCAUGAUGUUUCAAAGAUGUGUUCAAUUGGCGAUCUGAUCACAAACCUGAUCCAGGGGAAUCUUCUCCCAUCAGCCCACAUAUGGAUCACAUCAAGACCAGCAGCAGCUGGACAGAUCCCUGGUCAGUUCAUUAGUCGUGUGACUGAGGUGCGUGGAUUCACUGACCAACAGAAGGAUGAGUACUUUCGGAAGAAAAUAAGUGAUCAGACUCAGGCCAAGCAAAUCAUCUCACACAUUAAGACAUCAAGAAGUCUUAACUUCAUGUGCCACAUACCAGUUGUCAGUUGGAUCUCGUCCAUUGUGCUUCAAGAAGUCUUCCAAAACAACAGGGAAGAAAUACCCCAAACUCUUACUGAAAUAUUCACUCAUUUCUUAAUCAUUCAGAUGAACAUGAAGAGCCAGAAAUUUGGGGAAAUGGAAGACGGGGCUCCAAGCAGCAAGGUUCUUGAGGCAAACAAAGAUGUCAUUUUGAAGUUAGCAGAACUAGCAUUUACACAACUGGAGAAAGGAAAUCUGCUGUUCUAUGCAGAGGACCUUGAGGAAUGCGGCAUUGAUGUCACUGAGGCCUCAGUAUACAGUGGUUUGUGUACAGAACUUUUCAGAGAAGAAUUCGUGUUCACGCAAAAAAAGGUGUUCUGUUUUGUGCACCUCUCGAUUCAGGAGUUUCUUGCAGCUCUCUAUGCAUUUUACUCCUACGUGAACAGAAACUUCACAGCUCUGACAUCUCUCCUCACUGGUUGGGAGAGACAGCACUUCCUGGAAACACUGCUGAAGGACGCUGUGGACAAGUCCUUGGAGAGUGAAGAUGGACACUGGGACAUGUUUGUGCGGUUCCUUUUGGGGCUCUCACUGGAGUCGAACCAGAGACUCCUACAUGGCCUACUGACACACAUAGUGAGCAGCUCAGAGAGCAUCGAGAAAACCAUCAAAUAUACCAAAGAAAUCAUCCGCUACAAAGAUGUCAAAGAAAGAUGCAUGAAUCUCUUACUCUGUUUGCUUGAAAUGAAAGACCACUCGUUGCACAUAGAGAUUCAAGAGUACAUUGAUUCUGGGAAAGAUCUUUCACCCUCUCACUGUUCAGUACUGGCCUAUAUAAUCUUGGUCUCCCAAGAUGCACUUGAUGAAUUUGACCUUCAGAGGUACAACACCACGAGUAAAGGUCAUCAAAGACUUUUAGAAGCUGUUGCAGGCUGCAGAAAGGCUCGGCUGGUCGGGUGUCAACUCACUGUGGAAUGCUUUGAGACUGUAACACAGGCACUUGAGUCAGAUAUUUCACAACUGAGAGAACUGGAUCUAAGUUACAACGACCUACAGAUUGUUACAGCUGAAGCCCUCUCCCUUCGACUGCAAAAUUCUCAAUGCAAAGUGGAAGCCCUGAGGCUUGUUUGCUGUGGACUGAAAGAAGACUUUGGUGAAUUCAUAAGCUCCAUUUUCCAGUGGCCACACUCAUACCUAAAAGACCUUGACCUGACAAACAACGAUCUUUGCGACACUGGAGUAGAAUUUCUUUCAAAUGGGUUAAGCUCUGCAAAUUGUAAAGUGGGGACUCUAAGGCUUUCUGGCUGUCUCAUUACAGAGAAGGGUUGUGAAUUCUUAUCCAAAGCUUUGGUUUCAAACCACUCCCACCUUAAAGAGCUGGAUCUAAGCUACAAUCACCUUGGAGACUCAGGGGUCGAGUUACUUUCGUCUCAGAACAUGGGCUUUAAACUGGAGAAUCUCAAUGUUGACCAUGAUGGAAAGAAGUUUCUGAAACCCGGUCUGGAGAAAUAUGCUCAUGAGCUCACCUUGGACCCAAACACAGCCCACCACAUGCUUGGGCUCUCUAAAGGAGACACCAAGGCUAUGAAUACAAAAUCUAGCAAUUCCUAUUUGAAUCACCCAGAGCGAUUUGAAGUUUUUGAGCAAGUGCUGUGCAGAGAGGGUGUGACAGGACGUGCUUACUGGGAAGUGGAAUGGACUCGUCAAGGAGCAGCUAUUGCAGUGGCAUACAGAGACAUGAGCAGGAAAGGGGCGCAUGACAGCCAAUUUGGGUGUAACAACAAGUCCUGGUGUCUCAGAAGUCACUUUUGGGGCAAUUGUGUUGUCCAGCACAAUAACAAGACCACACAAGUGCCAAUACCCAAACCCAACGCGAGGCAACACAGAGUGGGGGUGUAUCUGGACUGGCAGGCUGGCACUCUUUCAUUCUAUCAAGUGUGUGAGAUGGACACAAAAAUCCAUCUGCACACCUUUACUGCCAAGUUCACUGAGCCCCUUUAUCCAGGGUUCUGGGUUGACCGUGACUCCUCUGUGUCUCUGUGUCUGAUUGACUAGCUCCCAUAUUCCACACACUCACUCAGGAGAUGUGAAGUCCAAGCUUAAGCUACCUCAUGUCUUUACCCAGCAUUGCUUUAUGGAUGUAUAUAAAUUAUAUCAAUGAGUUUUUAUCAUUAUUUCUCAUGAACAUUCGUUUACAGCAAUUAAAGUCAUAACAUAGUCAUGACAUGUUUUCACUUUAUCCCAAUGUUACUUUACACACCUUCAUGUCUUAAAUCACUUAACCCUCAUGUUGUCCAAGCAAUGUUUAACAUCAUAAAAUUGUUCACUUGUUUGGCUUUG